AGCGGGCGUGGGGGCGGCCCCCGGGGAGCCCCCGGCCCAUGGCCUUCAUCAUGAUGAAGAAGAAGAAGUUCAAGUUCCGCGUGGAGCUGGAGCUGGACGAGCUCUCCUCCGUGCCCUUCGUCAACGGCAUCCUCUUCUGCAAGGUGCGGCUGCUGGACGGGGGCAGCUUCAGCGGGGAGUCCUCCCGGGAGGUAGUACAGGCAAACUGUGUCCGCUGGAAGAAAAAGUUCUUAUUUAUGUGUAAAAUCAGUGCCAGUGCCACAACAGGGAUUCUGGAUACUUGCAUUUGCAGGGUGUCUGUACGGAAAGAAUUAAAAGGAGGAAAGGCAUAUGCAAAGCUGGGAUUUGCAGAUCUAAAUCUAGCAGAGUUUGCUGGAUCGGGAAAUACCACUCGUCGCUGUUUACUGGAAGGUUAUGAUACCAAAAAUACAAGACAGGAUAACUCCAUUCUCAAAGUUUUGAUCAACAUGCAGCUGAUGUCUGGAGACCCGUGCUUUAAAACGCCUCCUUCCACAGCAAUGUCUAUAGCAAUUGCUGGAGAAUCAGAAUCCUUGCAUGAAGACAGGAAAGGUGGAGAAAACUUAAAAGUAGCACAUCUGGGCAUAGCAGAUGUCUCAUCAAAGAGUGCGUCAGUCCCAGAUGAACUUGGUGCAUGUGGACAUUCCAGAACAUCCAGCUAUGCAAGUCAGCAGUCAAAACUGUCAGGAUAUAGCACAUGUCACUCUAGAUCAUCCAGUCUGUCUGAACUCUGCCACAGGAGAAACACCUCGGUGGGUAGUACCUCAACAGGAAUUGGAAGUAUUCUAGAGCCAUGUGAAGAGACUGAGCCAAAAGUAACUGAAGCUAAUAUUGAUACAGCUGUUAAAGAUGCACCAUCAGAAAAACUCUGCAGACAUCCUGUAAAGCAAGACUCUGUGGAGUCACAGCUGAAGAGGGUCGAUGCUACCAGAGUUGAUGCUGAUGAUAUAGUUGAAAAAAUACUCCAGAGUCAAGACUUCAGUUUAGACUCAAGUGCAGAAGAAGAAGGUUUAAGAUUAUUUGUGGGCCCUGGUGGAAGCACUUCUUUUGGAAGCCAUCAUCUACCUAACAGAGUAGGAUCUGGAGCAUAUGAGCAGGUGGUGAUAAAACGCUAGACUAGAGUGACAAACGAGGAAAACUUGGAGCUCUGGCAUUGAUACUUCUAUUUUUGUUUGCUCUGUUGCAAGAGUUGUGAAAGCCAAAAUGAACUCAUUGUGAUCUUUUUUUGAAAAGUAAUGGAAUGCCUCUUGCUCAUAGAGCUUCAUCUUCUGUGGUAUGAAGGCAAUGUUUAGCUAUGUACGCCUUGUGUGAGCACUUGGACUGUUUUUGUAAGCUCUACCUGGUGUUAGCGGAAUUACUUGCUUUUUAAGUUGUGUGAAACAUUUUUGGAAGCAUGAAGUGAGUCCCAUUUCAGUAUUUUAUACAGGAGAUCACUCGUGGUGAUGUACUUUGUUCAUAACUUCUUUUCUAAAGAAGCUUCUGAAAGUUGGUCUUGAAUGAACCUGAAGAAAUUAAUUACUCAACUUGAUCCUACCUGCUAUUUUAGUCUUACAGAAGCUAAUUACUUCUAUCAAGUCAAAACUAUUAUCAAGUCAAUAUUAUUAUCAAGUCAAAAUUAAGGCCUCCACAAAAUAGCCCAGCUAUGUUUUAACAUAACCAAAACCUUCUCUUAAGAGUACUGAGCGUAACUUCAUUGUAAGGUUCAACAGUAGAGGUGAACUUCACAUGCAUUUCAAAAAAAAAAAACAAACCUAAACAGAUCUAAACCAGCCAGUAAUCAGUUGUGUUAACUGUAAAUGAAGUCUAGAGGCUUAUAUGAAUCAAAUGUGACAUCUGUUUUCGUGCAAGUGACAAAAGAAGUGGGAUUCCACAUCAAAAUACUAAGGCACAGUAAUGUAUUAUCAAGAAAGCUGUCUUGAUUGUUAAAUCUGGAGUUCAAAAGCUGCUUCCACAGAAACUCGCUUCAAUAAUGCAGGAACCUUGAGAUUCAAUGGGAUGGUACUGUUUACAAACAUAGUCAGUAGUUUACUACCACUUAGAACUUUUUAUUGUAGCUUAAUCCUUCACAGUUAGUUAGUGCUUUGCUUGUGUUUUGAAUGUGCCUUGUGGGAUUGGGGAGGUACAGGGAGAUUAAACUAUUUACUAAGCUACUUCAGCUUUAAAACUAGGUAAACAAACAUCUAUACUAUUAUCAAUAUAACUUAUUAAGAGAAGCACUUUAUUGUAGACUUACUCUGCACUCUGAAAAAGUCUUACUGUGCAACAAAUUUGUUGAACACUUCUUCCAUCACUAUCUGUCCACUGUUACAUUAAGGUCAAUGUACUGUAUUUAAAUUUGCACAAAUAGUGAUUUGCCUGACAGGCAAGAAAGAUGAAAGAACUCUUAAAAUUUGCAUUGAGAAUUAUGAAAGAAUCCAUUUUUAAAGGGAUGUGUUAGGUAGACACAGUUCUAAUUCAGGCUUGGCUCUGCUGUAUUUAAUUGUAAACUGCAAAUGACCUUAAUUUUGUAAUGAUUAGUUGUAUUGUUUAUCAGUAAGGCUUGGAUUAAAUAAAAAUACAAAUAGCGUAGCCAUUUUUGAAAGCUCAGAAUGCUUCAAAUUCUGCUCAGAGUGAUCUUUGACACCCUUUUAUUGAAGUGUAAGUAGGCCAUAUUUAAUAGGUUAAAUUAGGAAAAGCAGGCUUUGUUUUCCAUAAAUCCAUAGUAGAAUUAUUAAACUAAUUUUUAUUUUGUUUUUUAAGGAAAUUUCAGAUUUUAAAGCUUGAUUACUCUUAUUGAAUAUGAUGAAUAUGAGCUAUUUCUCAGUUAUGGUACUUAAAUACUUUUAUUUCCUACUGUUAAUCUCUUUGAAGUGUUUUAACUGGUAAAAGAAUUAAUACAAAGAUUGUAUUUUAGCUGCUGUUAAUAGAAGUGCGGUAUUAUCCAUUUCUGUCCUUCACAAGAAUUUUAAACAGAAACUACGUAACUGCUAGUAUACAGCUAUCUCUCAGAACAUGAUCGUUUCCUUUCCUGUUAUAUAACUAAUUUGUACCCAAAAAAUCCUACUGCAAGCCAAAAGAUGCAUGAAAUUUGAAUAAAUUAGUUGCUUUCAGUGCUCUUUAACACUGCUACACUUGUUGACAGAUCUAUUAAAACCAGUAGUAGUUAGAUGGUAGCUUACUUAAGUUUACUAGGAAAAAUAGGCAUAGUUUGAGGAAAACAGACCUUUAAAAAACAUUGUACAGCUACUUAUAUAAUUCUUAAGGGAAUUUCCAUAGCCCAGAUUUGUAUUCUAUGUUAAAAGACACAGCUAACUGCUGUAGGUUAGAUAUUUUGUUCACUAGAAACCAAUUGUUUUUUCGCUUGAGCAGAUCUUUUAAAUAGGAGGGAAGUUUACAUGGAAAUCAAGCUUUUAAUAAACUGUAUCCUAGUAAUUUAUUGUUCUGACUUUGAGUUAGAACUCUUUAUGAAGUGGUUCUCUAAUUGUGCAUAUUUUAAGUGGAACAUAACCUUCAUAUUUAGAUGUAUUUUCUUUUUUGUAAACUAUGUUAUAAGAAUACUGGAGACUCUCAUGGUAAACUGUUCAGGAUGCAUUGGUGGUUUGGUUUUGGGGUUUUUUUUUUAACUGUAUUUAAAUGGAAGUCUCAGACAUUCAAUAAACUCAUGUCUUCAGCUUGGAA